CGGACCAGUUUGACGCGGUUAAAAAUUUAAGGAAAAAAAUUGACAAAGCUACCUGAACUCUCUUUUUGGUAUAGUUAUCAUGUCACUAGCAUUUGUUCAGCCUCAGCAGAAGAAAGGACAACCCAACCAAGCACAAAUUCAAAAGAUGCUUGAUGAAAAUAACCAGUUGAUACAAGCUAUCACAGAUUACCAGAAUAAAGGAAAGGCAUCAGAAUGCAUGCAGUAUCAGCAGAUGUUACAUAGAAAUCUGGUUUACCUUGCUACUCUGGCUGAUUCCAACCAAAACUUGCAAGCUCUUCUCCCUCCCCCAGGACAACAGCAGCAGUAUCAUGAUCCAAACAUGCCACAGUCACAGCAGCCUAGUACUCAGAUGAGGCCACCUGGCAAUAUGCCAAAUCAGAUACCACAUCGGGACACCGCAGGUGGGAGUCAGAUACCAGCUCAACAAGGUAGUUACCAGCAACAAGGAAGCAGUGCUCCUAACAUGCCUGGAUCUGGAGGGUACCAGUCAAGACCAAUGCCAAGUCAGCAACAAGGGGGACCAAUGCCACAACAAAUGGCACCACAAGGUGGAUCCAUGGCACAAUCUAUGCCUCCACAGGCUGUCUAUAACCAGUCUCAGUCUGGAAUGGGUAAUCAGCCAUAUGGAAUGCAACAAGGUAACUUUAGUAACCAGCAGCAGCCAAUGAUGUCUCAAUCACAACAAAUGAUGCCGCAACAGCAACAGCCCAUAAUGUCACAGCAACAACCCAUGAUGUCGCAGCAACAACCCAUGAUGUCACAACAACAGCCUAUGAUGUCACAACAACAGCCUAUGAUGUCACAACAGCCAAUGAUGUCACAGCAACAGCCUAUGAUACCACAACAACAGCCAAUGAUGUCACAAGGUCAAAUGAUGCCUGGUCCUAGUAGCUCACAAGGGGGACCAACAAUGAGUCAAGGUCAAAGAUCAUCAAUGCCGAUGCCAUCUGGCUAUAGGAGAGGACCAUCUCAAGGUCAGUAUGGUCAACAAGGUUACCAAGGUAACCAGUUUGGAAAUCAACAGGGAUCUUUUCCUCAAGGCGGGCAACAGAAUUUUCAACAAGGUCAAGGUUACAAUCAAACUCCUAACAUGCCUAAUCAACAGUACAGUGGGCACCAGGGACAGGAUCCACGGUUUGCCAUGUAUAAUAGAGCACCAGGUCAGAUACCACAAAGUCAGGCGUCAAUGGGAGGGCAGAUGCAGAAUCAAAGUAUGAUGAGUGGAUCUGCCCCACAGAAAAUGCCUAGUCAGGGGUCAAUGGGUCCAACAGGAAGUCAGAUGGGUUCUCAGAGUAACAUGGCAGGACAGGCAAACCUGAUGCCGAAUCAGAUGUCUGGACAAGGACCAUCUGGACCUCCAAUGCAGGGUCCCAGUCAAAUGGGAGGUCCUAAUCCUAGUCAGAUGGACAAUCCGAUGUCACAAAGUCAAAUGGGAAAUCAGAUGCCUCAAGGACAAAUAGGAAAUCAAAUGCCUCCACUAGGACAUCCUCAAAUGGGAGGUCAGAUGCCUCAAGGUCCAAUGAAUCAAGGACAAGGUCAGAUGGGUAGUCAGCCUAGUUUUCCUUUCAAUCAAAAUCAGUUUUAGAUAUAUGGAUCUAUCAUUGGAAAGUAAUGAUCAGUUUCCACUUAAUUCAGAAUUGAUUACUCAAAAGCAGGACAGAGGAGAGGGAUUUUGUGACAUAACCUUAGGAAAAAAAUUUAAACCCCUUUCAAAGUAAGCAUCUUGUAUUCGCUAUCCUGCUUCAGAGAUAAUGUUAAGUACAUGAAACUAUAUUAGUAAUGGGUCCUAAAUUCAUCAGUCAAUUUUGUUGCAAAAGAUGUCAUCAUUAUGCAUUUGUUUUAUCUUAGUUUUAGGCCUACCUUCAGGCUUUGGGAAUGUCUGAACACCUUUUUGUUUUAUUCGAGAGCUGAGUUUUGUUUAAAGAAUAUAUUCUGACAUUGGAAAUGGAUAUGAAAAUUCAACAGUCAAUAAGUAGUAGAGAAUUUUUUUUAAUUAAUUUUUUUCCUGUGAAGAGAAUAUUUUACAAACCCCAUAAUAUGCAUAAUGUAUUACAUUCAAGAUGUUGACUAGGAAACUAAGGUCCAAAAAGGUUUAAAAAUGUCUAUGGUUGUAAUAUUAUUAAACUAUGGAUACCAAUUAAUACUGUCAAAUGAUUAUGUAUUAGAAAGAUCACAUGACAUUUCCUUAUAUACAGUGGAUUUUGACCUUCACAUUGCACUGAAUAGUAGUUAUAAUUUAUAAAGAAGAACAUGAAGAGAAUAUGAUAGUUGAGGUUUUCAGUUAAUAGAACGGUCUGAUAGCUUUUAGAUACGAGUUUAAAAUUCAGGCCUUUUCCAUUUAAAUGUGAAUAGGACUAAGAGAUGAGAUCAUUUUUAAGCAGUAUGAAUUAAAAUUCAUGAAUUUUUAGGCAUUUUGUUAAAUACCUUAAAAGUAAAUAGCUUUUAUGUGUUUUCAAUGUCUUGAUUAUUCUUGUAAUAUAAUUUGAGUGCCUUUACUUGUUAUCUCUACUUCCUAUACCAGCUUAAACUUUCGAAAAGAAAGGCAAAUUGUAUCUAAAAAAAAAUAUUUUAUUUUUUUUAUGCAAGUUCAACUUUUUUUACCUAAUACUUUUGUAUUUUAUACCUUUCCAAGUAAAUAGGAUUUCUGUUUAUUAGAAAUUAUUUGUGAUUGAUUGUCCUUCAUAGUAUGUAAUCAUUCAAACACAUUCAGGAGAAGAAAAUGUUAAUUUAUUAUCAAUAUGGACCUUGUUUUACACUUAAUUGAGCCAGAUUUUCAUACUAGCUCCUGUUGUAAUAUUCUCCACCAAAAGACAGUUUCCAGAUUGAUUAUGAAUAUGGACCUUGUUUUACACAAAACUAAAUGCUGUGUUCACAUGCUCAACAGAGAAGAAGCAGAUUCCACAUGUUCCAGUUUUCAAAUAUUUUAGUUUGACUUAGCCAUGGCUUAUUUGGCUCAUGAGUAGAGUCAAACCUAGGAACCAGUUAUUAUUUAAAUUCUGUUAUUUUAAGUAUGAUAAAGAGAUGUCUGAAAAUGUCUUUUUUGAGCUGAUUGAUAUUAUUAACUUGUUUUAAGAAACAGUUUCAGUAUUUUUAAUGUUAUGAAAAUCUUCAAGGUUGUAAUAUGUAAAAUGUUUUCUUUGUUCAUCUUUAAAGCUAAUUUAUCAUAUUACAACGAAUUUAAAACAUGCCAAAAAAUCAAAGAACUGUGAAAUUAUCAUUUUGAUGUACAUGUAAAUUAUUGAUUUUUAAUGCAUUUAUUACUUUAAAUGGAUUAUUGUCAGCACAAGUUUCUAGAAUGAAUUGAAACAUGAAGAGGACUUAUUUUAUGCCUCACUGCUGAUAGAAGGGGGCAUUAUGUUUUCUGGUCAGUUUGUCAUUUCAUCAGUUAAAAACAAGUCAUCCAAUUGGGGUGCACAAUAAGUAACCAUUGGAAUAACAAGUUUUUUUAAAUAUUAAUUCUACCAAACUCAACAAAUAUGUAGUUAAUAAAAAAAGUCCAGCAUUAUGAUUAUGUCUUCUGUCUCUUUGUUUCAUUAGAAUCAGAGCCAUUUAGCUGAGACCUUCAGUACCCCUACCUUUUCAUAUAUGUAUUGUAUACUGGGUUGUCUAUUUUGCCUGUUCCAUAAAACAUACAUGGUACCCAGGAUAGGGCACUUUUAAAAUGGGGUAACCACCUAUAGAGGUAAAUUUAGAAUUUCACUUAUAUUUACACUGUUCCAUAUUGUACUUGACACCCACAAAGAUGAAUUUACAAAGCACCUACAUUUGGUCCCAUAUACAGUUUAAUGGAGCAGCCCUAAAUACAGAAACUUAAUGAAAUAUAUUAAACUACCAUGAUGUAAAAAGUAACAUAUGAUUAUGAUAAGAACAAUGUUAGUCUUUGUUUAAUGUGUAUGGAGUUUGUUUUUUAUUGAUCAGUAGUUUUUCUUUUAAAAAGUGUUGAAAGAUGAUAAAUCUUGUAUCUGAAAAUGAUUUGCUUUCUAAGUUAUCCUUUGUUGAUAUUGUGUUAGAUUUGAUACAGGUCAUAUUGAUCUCAUUGAUAAUUUUGAUCUGUUUAAUGAGUUGUUGAUAUUAAUUGUAUAUAAUUUAAAUGUUUGUUACAAAAUGUACAUCUUUAAUAAUAUGUUUGUAGUUUUGUAAAAAGAAAAUAAUUCAAGCUUCUUAGUUAAAUUGACAGCUGUCCUUUUCUGCCAUCUCUCAGUGUAUGAAGACUUUUGAGAGUCAAUAGUCGUGCACGUUUGUUACUUGUUACUUUUUUACUUUAAAAAUUACCUGGAAAAUUAUCUUAAUGCACCACGGUAGCAAUUUUUGUAAAACCCAUCUUUUGAUACAAUCCUAUUUCAAAAAAGUUAGCGGGUGAUAAUCACAUAAACUUGUAGGUAUAAUUUGCAUAGAUUUGUCUUAUAUUAAGAUUUGAUUUAUGUGACAAUAAUGGCAAGAUUUUUUCAGUUGUAGCCAAGACUACCAAAUAUUUGUUAUCUUAACUUAUUGCUCAAGGAAAAAAUCUGAAUGGCAUGGACUUAGUAGACAGUAUUGUGUAAUUGGUUAUGGUUUUUAUACGACCGCAAAAAAAUUUUUGUGGUCGUAUAUUGGUAUGACGUUGGCGUUGUCGUCGUCGUCGUCCGGCGUCGUCGUCCGAAGACACAUUGGUUUUCGCACUCUAACUUUAGUUUAAGUGAAUGGAUCUCUGUGAAAUUUUACCAUAAGGUUCAAUACCACAAAAGGAAGGUGGGGAUUGAUUUUGGGGGUUAUGGUACUAACAGUUAAGGAAUUAGGGGCCAAAAAUAAGCAUUUUUUAGUUUCCAGACAAUAACUGUGGAACGGUGUAUGGAUCUCUCUGAAAUUAUACUACAAGUUUCCAUACCACAAAGGGAUGGUUAGGAUUUGCUUUGGGGGGUUAUGGCUCAAACCGUUUAAGAAUUAGGGGCAAAAAAGGGGGGAAAACAAGGUUGUCCUGGUUAAUGGACAAAUACUUUAGUACAAAACAUAAUUUAAAGCAGUGUAAGGGAGAUAAAUCAAAUACAUCAUUGAAAUUAUCUCCCUUACACUGCUUUUAAAGUAAUGGUUAAUGAACAAUUAAGAUAAUUUAAAACAGUGUAAGGGAGGUAAUCCAAAUACAACGUUUUGGUUACUUCCCUUACACUGCUUUUAAAUUAUGUUUAAAGAAAUGCAUAUUUAUAAAGGAAGACCAGUAAAAAUAUCUGCAAAUGUUGCAUCUUUUUUUUUACAAAAAAAUCCAUAUGAAAGAUUUGACACUAUAUUUUAAAUUCUAUUAUAAAAUUGAUUAAGUUAGCACUAUGGUAAAUUUAAAUGGGUAAUUAUGGUUGCAAAUUCCAUUGGAAAUUUGAAUUGAGAUUAUGACCAUAUAUUGAGGGAAAGAAUUUU